UGUUGCCGGGAAGAGUCCGUUGGAUCAACAGGAAAGGGACGGGAGAGGGCAAAAGGAGAGGUCAAGAGCCCCGAAUAAAGAAGGAGGCGAAAGGUGGCCGGCACUGCGGCGCAGGCGGACGGUGCGUCGUCUCUGCUGUUGCUCUCGCGGAAGGAGACGGGACAAGAAACUUGCAGAUUCCGGCGUCGCUUGGAGUUGUCCUGGCCUGCGUUUGGGGGGCAAGAAGAAGCCAAAGCACAAACGGACCAACCUGAAAAAGUGAGGAGAUAACGAGCCCCCAAUUUUGUCCUGCUUGCUUCUUCUUCGUUCUCUCUCUCUCCCUUGACCUUCUUUUGUUGGUUGCGAGCUGAAUUCGGGGCGUGGCAGCCUAAUUUUAGCCAAACUGGAGAUUACCAUGGGACAGAUUUCUUGAGGAGCAGCUUCGAUUGGUUGCUAGGCUGGGUUCUUCCCCCAGUCUGUCCGGUUCCUCGCCAUGGAGGUAUAGCCGACCACUUGCAGUUGCCGGAGCUCGCGUUUCCUGACGCGCGCUUUCUUGCGUUCUGCAAAAUCUCAUCCCUCCAGGAACAGAUUCUUCCCCAUAAUCUUGUUGUCUGGUUGGAGCCUUUUUUUUUGGCACGGCUCCGCCCCUCGCGGCGCAAAAGGAUGCUCCUUUUGUGACUGGCAAGGUUGGAUUUUGAUCACCUUCGUGGCUGUCGAUCGGGUUCUGAUGUUCUGGGCGAGGUAGGCCGCGUCAGAUGCACAAGCCUGGAGGUUGCAGCACCAGCAGCGGCCGCGGAGGAAGUGGUGGCGGCGGACCGAGCGGCGGGGAAGCCAAGGAUUUGCCCCAGCUUUUACUCAGGGUGGGCGCCGCUGUCGCCCUCUCCGUCGCUGGGCUGCUCGUCUCGCGGCGCGAGCGGCCGCCCCGGCAGCUCCUGCUGCCACCCCGCUCUCCUUCCUCAGAGUCGGAUGAUGCCCCAAACAUGAAGGCCAGAACAGGGCUCAAGGAGCUGAGGAUCCUCAAAAAUGAGGACACCAGGGCAAAAAUCAUCAGUGGAAACUCUGUUCACACGACCACUACAACCACAACGACCACCACCACAGCCUUAGUGCCAUUUGCCCCCAAAUGCAGAAGCAUUGCUGAUGAUGAAGGAUACCUCCUUCCAGAGUUCGAUGAAAUGGUUCUCAAAGAAUUUGGCCGAGGCAUAGACAGUAUCCCAACCACACCUGCAGCCAGAGUACGGGAAGGUGUAUCUAAUGACCAUGAAAUCUACAAGCUUAGAGAUUUGGUGAGAUCACUGCAAGAAAGAGAGAAGACCCUGGAGCUACAGCUUAUGGAGUGUUAUGGUUUACAGGAGCAAGAUGCUGCAGUGAGGGAGCUUGAGAAUCAGCUAAAGAUUAGCAAUGUCGAAUCAAAGCUGUACUUGUUGAAGAUCGAAUCUUUACAGUCUGAAAACCAGAAGCUGCAAACACAAUUGUCAGACAACUCAAAGAUAAUCUCUGAGCUUGAGGCGACAAGAGCUAAGUGCAAGUUGUUAAAGAACAAGUUGGCAUUGGAUGCAGAGCAGGCAAAGGAGAAAACGACUUCCCUUCAGAAAAUGGUCGAUUCAUUGCAGGACAAAGAGACUGAUGAGAAGAACAAUCAUAUUGAGGUUGAGAAGAACUUGAAGAGGCUAGAGGACCUGGAAAAGGAGGCAACAGAGCUAAGAGCUGCGAAUUCAAGGCUGCAGCAGGAGAAUGCACAUCUUAUUAGGCGACUGGAGCUUACACGCCUACCCCCUGUACCCAAGCCUAAAAAUAGCACAGAGGUAAAAUCAUUGGAGGAGGCUGAUCGGCUGAAGCAAGAAAAUGAGAAGCUGACUAAAGAGAUUGAACAACUGCAGAGUGACAGGUUUGCAGAUGUUGAAGAAUUGGUAUAUCUGAAAUGGAUAAAUGCCUGCCUACGGUAUGAGGUGAGAAACAAGGAUGCUCCAUCAGGGAAGACAGUUGCACGGGAUCUUAGCAAGACCUUGAGCCCCAAGUCUGAACUGAAGGCCAAGCAGCUGAUAAUGGAAUAUGCCAAUGCUGGUGUGGAGGACAAUCACUUGGGCCAUGUUGAAUUUGGUUCGGAAUGCUCUUCCUCACGGGCAUCAUCGUCAGGUGAACCAGAUGAUGCAUCAAUUGAUAUUGCUUCGAUGACAAAGCAUAAAAACCCGAAGAAGAAAAAGUUCUUUUCUAAGCUUCGGAAACUGGUGCUAGGGAAAGGAAAAGAGAACCGUGGAGUUUCUACUCUGGAGAGGAGAGUAUCUAUUUCAAGCUGUUCAUUCGAUGACUUCACUGGAAGAGAUUCACACGAUAGCUAUUCGUCAUUCAUGGCAGAACCAAACAUAUCUGAUAGUCGACGACAUGGCGAUCCUGUUUUCAGUAUGCAUUCUUGUUUGGAUAGCGUGAAAUCUUGUCCUGUUGGAACAGAAAUUGGAAAUGAGAGGGAUCAUUCUGAGGUCAAGAGUGUAUGUUCUAGAGAGGAAAGGGUAAAUGCAUUUGGUCACAGCGCUCGCCUUGAUAGCGGCAAGGCCAUAGCUGAGGAUGCCGAGAUCCAUAAAUUUGCUGAUGCGCUGAUCACAUCAAGGUCAGGUUCCAUGUCUUCAAGAAAGUCAUCAUCCUUCCGACAUUGAUACACGAAUAGAUUAGGAGUCAUCUGCUGCUGAUCCAUCUGCCUGGAUGUAUAUUUGUGCCAGGUCUUGAUGGGGUAAGUUAUAGGAGACGUUACUGGAAUGAACUUCUCAAGAUUUUAUUCUCUGUGAAAUGUACAAUCACGUAUAGAGUGUAGUUUACUAACCUUUAAUACCAACCCUUACCAUUUGGGGUUGGUAAUGUGUAUCAUAAAAUGACACAGUUCGAUGGCAACCAUACAACACUUCUUUUAUGUCCCUUGGGGCCUGGGGGCAUGAUGUUGAAUUGUAUACUAUGUUAAAUAAUGUUCCGGCUUC